UCCGCGCACACCACGAAGAGGCCGGGCUCUGCGGUGCUACGUCCUGCCAGCCCAACGCACCACAUGGAGACUGGGUAGAGCCAUAGUUAACGUGGAUUGACAAAAGGAAGAAGGUGGACCUUAUCCCUCUGGCUAUAUGAAACCGCUCAGCAUCAGCAGCGUCUGCAAAGGCAAACAGAGAUGAGGGUGAAGGGAAGUGCUGCUGGUGUUUAUUUCGGUCUGCGUCAAACAUCCUACAGAAGAUAAUGCCCUCGGUGCCUCUGAAGGGACUUUGUAGGUUUAUUAUUAAGGCAGGAGUCCAUGUCAGUAUCUCGCGGUAAACACCCAGCAGACAGUGAUGGUCACCCCUUCUUCAGCAUCUGCAUUGUAAGGUGAACCUCGUCCUGGGGGUGGGCUUGUGAAGGAAUAGGCUAUGCAGAGAUAAAAACAACAUUUCUUUUAUUGUUGUUGAAUACAAACCAGACAGAGCCAUAAUUGGAUUACCUGGUGUAGUUGUUUGUCAACAUGAACUCGCUGUACUUCUCCGACUCUCCGCCCGGGUCGGUCUGCAACCCUCCAGCCGGGUCGGGCGCAGUAACCAGCGCCCUGCGAAAUGACUUGGGCUCCAACAUCCAUGUGCUGAAAACAUUGAACCUGCGUUUCCGCUGCUUCCUUGCCAAAGUCCACGAACUUGAAAGAAGAAACAAACUGCUGGAGAGCCAGCUGCAGCAAGCACUGUUGAAAACGCAGUACCGACACCUUUAUUCCCGGGAAGUUGCAGUGCAGACAGACGGUCCCGAUUCUCGUUUACCGGGAACCAUCUGGAGUUUUACCCAUGUCCGGAGGCAAGGGGAGCGCUUUGAGACCCUGCGUGGGCCUGGGGUUACGUGGUCGCACCCGGACGGAGUUGGGGUCCAAAUAGACACCAUUACCCCAGAACUGAGGGCUUUGUAUAACGUGUUGGCCAAAGUCAAGCGGGAGAGGGACGAGUAUAGGAAAAGAUGGGAGGAGGAGGUGUCCAAACGAGAGCAGCUGGAGUCUACAGUGGAAACCAUGCAGCAGAGCGCCCAGGAGUCAAUCGAGGUGCAGGAUGAGCUGAGCGAGAAGGUUGACAAACUGAAGGCUGAACUCGUGGUCUUCAAGAGUCUGAUGACGGAUCAAAUGUCUGACCUGGACACCCAGAUCCAGGAGAAAGCCCGGCGGGUAGACAUGGACAUCUGCAGGCGGAUCGACAUCACGGCCAAACUGUGCGAUGUGGCCCAGCAACGCAACUCAGAGGACAUGUCGAAGAUGUUCAACGUCACUCCGGCCCGUUCGCUCCCGGAGAGGGGUGCCGGGGCCUGCUGCAGGAAGAAGGAACUCAAAGCCACAUCUGACGAGGAGAUUUCAGAUAUGGAUGCAGAGCCAAGCCCUUCAGAGGAGGAAGUCCCUGGGUCGCUUAACAUCACGGAUGAAAUGAAACGCAUGCUCAACCAGCUGCGCGAGACGUUUGAUAUAGACGACGACUGCGACAGUUUGACGUGGGAGGAAAACGAGGAGACUCUGUUGCUGUGGGAGGACUUCACAAACUACAACGUGCCGCUCACCUUUACUGCAGCGCCCGGCACAACCGCCAGCUCCUCCGAUGGAAACGGUGAAGUGGCUGAGCCAGACUCCCAGGAUGGAAGUCUUGGCAGCCUGAUUGAUGAAACAGAGUCCCUAUUUAAGACCAGAGAGCAGGAGUACCAGGAGACCAUCGGCCAGAUCGAGUUGGAAUUGGCCACAGCCAAGAGUGACAUGAACCGACAUUUACACGAGUACAUGGAAAUGUGCAGCAUGAAGAGAGGCCUGGAUGUGCAGAUGGAGACCUGUCGGCGGAUGAUUAAAGGCGGCAGGAACUCUCCCUCCGCCAGCUCUGUGGCCAGCAGUGACUCAGGGAACACAGACGAGAUCCAGGACGAGAUCUUGGACAAGGACGCAGAGCCUGAGGUCCCCGUUAGUUGAUGCAUGGUAGGGCUUUGUCCCAUCUCUUCCUGAACGCCCCUCAUCAUCACAGGGGUCCAAUGUGUAUAGAGCUAAACCCUGCUAGAGCUGGAGCAGCCUAAAUCUGGACCUCUUAGACCUUUUAAAGUUCUGAUGGUGGUGCUUACUGACGCAGUCCCAGAACUGGUGCUUUUAUACUAUAUCUGUUGUCUAGGAAGGGAGGGUGUCUGUGCUUCACAUAAAGAAUGGGUGCAAAUACAGUCCGAGCUGUGCUCUCUUCCUCACUGCUGCCUCGCUGGAUCCUUGUCCAGAGCUUCACUUCAUUUAAGGGGAAAGAAAACAAUUCUCUGAAGAUUUUAAACUGGCUGAGAAGUAUUUUGUACAAGUUCUUACCCUACUAAUGUCCUUUUAUAUUAAAGGAAUUGAAAAUAGUACAUAUUGUGCUCCUCCACAUAGCAUUCACAAAAAAAAAACAUCCUCCUUUUCUUUUUAAUGUUUUAUUUAUAUAUAUUUUGCUUGCAAUCCAGAUGAAACUGUUUGGGGUUUAAGUGUCUUCUGCCAAGGAGACAAAGCAAGGAGUGGAGAAAAUGUAAUUCAAGUUCUGUCGGUUUCUGAGGGAACUCUGCAGAGCUGCCAAAGUUGUCAGAGGAAAGGAGCACAGUCCUUUGAAGCUUUAGAGCACUACUGAAGUUCUAUGCAAUUUUGCCAGCCUUAUUUUUGGACUGGCUUGUACCGUUCCUCUCCAAUACGAUUCGCCUUUAAAGCAAAGCAGGGGUUUUCUAUGUAUUACUUUGAGAUUUAUUUUGUUGUGUGUUUGAACGUGAAGUAAGCUUAGUAUGCAACUUUUUUUUCAUGGACAUCAAAAGUAAAAACUGGAACAGUGCCCCCUCAACAAGGGUCAAUUAUCUGCCCGAUGUCCCUACUUCUGAAAAAGAUGAUUGAUCCCGAUUCUGAUGUGCUUUGAUCAAAGUGUCUUGUGCAUCACAUAAUGUUAUUUUAAAUGGCUGAUAAAAUAAAUAAUCUAAUGCGAGUUAUCAAAGCCAAACAAUACCCUCUAACGUCUUUACAAAAACCAAAGGAUACAUCAUCUCCUGACAUCUUAUUUUUAUUUAGAUUUGUUUGUGUGUUUUCAUUAUGAGCUGUCUUCUGCUGUCCUGCAGGGGACUCUGUUCCAGACGGGUUGUACAUCCUGCUUUGGCUCUUCUGAACCGGGGCUAAGGAGUGUCAGACUGUACAUAUCAAGCUGUAGGCAUGUGAUCGUAUACCCCAGUGGCCUUUUUAUUCAUCAUAAACACUUUGCAGCAGAGUGAGAAGUCUCACAAUAUCUGUUCUCAGUGCUCCCACUGGAUAAGCGUAGCAAGCGAUCGAAGCAUGGGGACAUAAGUGAUCUUUUUAUCACCUCUUUGUAUUAUAAUGUAUGUACGGUUUGCUGGAUCAAAGAAUAAGUGCUACUUCUAAACAGAAGUUUUACAGAUCAGAAUGUUGAAACGCAGGCAUUUUGUUAUUUCAGCAUGUUUGUGUGGAGAAAGGGAGCUAUGGGUAUUUUUUUUAGAACUGUUUUUCUUUUAAACGUAAUCGCUGCAAUGCAGACUGUGCGUCAAGCCUAAUCAUUAAUACUUAUAUUUGUGACAUGUAAUGUAUUUUUACUGUUUUUUCUAAUCAUUCUGUUAACCAAAAAGUGUGUUAUUGUCGCCAUACUCUGCUUUUAUUGAUUUAGCAAGAUUAUUAAAACUGAUGAUUCGGUCAAUUAUUGACCAUAUCAGAUCCUCCCAUAAUAAAAACUAAUUACAUAAGACAACAGUCAGGAAGAGUCUUACUCACGGAGAUCCUUCAUAUCCUCUUAUGAGUUGAUUUAAAACCAGCCUGAUAAGUAACAAAGAGCCAUUCUUGUACUUUUUAUUAACAUCAAAGGCAUAUUUAUUGCUGUGUCUUCCAGAAACAGCCCCACAGUUCGCUCUUCCUCGUUCAAAUUGGAGCUCACACCACCAUCACACUAACCAGCCAACCAAAGCAAAGUGUCCAGUGAAAGGACAAAGAUAUAACUCCAGCUUUUAAUCCUACUAACUCUGGAAAAUCUCAGUGUUCAUCCAUGCAUACCACCACACGUGUUUUCAAAUGUCCUGCAACAAGUCAAUACAUUAAACGCAUCGUCUCCAUUUACUUCUCUCAGAUCAGGUCACAUUCAAGCGACAUCCAGUCGGUACAAUUGUAGCAGCCCUCCUUAAUGAAUGUAGCUUGAUUGGAGGCAUCUUCUAAAGACCUCACGUGUAAAAGCUGAGUAAAAACCAUGUUUAAAUCCAGGGAUAUAUGGUGUGCUGUUGUUUGGAGACCUUGGUAUGUGUUGCUUUACUAAAUGGGUUCUUACUGGACCAACUUACACAUGUGCGGCCUAGAUGUAUGUGGCGUAGGUCCGAGUGAAUGUUUCAUAUUAAAACGCUUUUUUUUUUUAUGUGAUUGGUUUUUAUUUGUGUGAACUGUUGUGUCAACUAACAGUUUGAUAAGUUCAUUGGCGUAGCUGUUUGCAAGUGAUUAUUUUACGGAGAUCUUUUAUUUCAUACACAGGAGACUAAAGGUGCAGCAAUACUUGUGGCCAUAUUAGGGUAAACUCUGCUGAUCUGUGUGGAUUCUGGUCGUUGUGUUUCACUUGCUUUACAGGAAGCAUCCUGUUGAAUUGUCUGCUUUAAUUUAACUGCUUUUUUUCCCUUAUUAUUUUGUUUAAACAAUUCAGAAAAUGUUUUCAUGUGGGUCUGGGCCAAUUGUUUCAAAAUUCUGAAUGUACUCAAUUGUUUUUUUGGGGGAAAUGAAAUAAAAUGGUGGUUUGGAAAAUAAAA